AUGUCGCGUGCGGCGAAAUUCGGUCGAUUGCUGCUGUAUUUGGAAAAAUGCUCGGAGAGUGUGUUUGGCCUUGAUGCGAUAUAUUUUGCUGUUGAUCGAAUUAAAAAGAUGGAGCUAAUCAAGCUGCCUUUGGAAUUUUAUCCGAACAAUAUGUUUGAUGACAAGAUAGAUGUUGUUGAUAGUGUGGCAAGGCAGUAUCUGGAAAAAGCAUCAAUGGAUGUGCGUCAUCUUCUUCCAGCAGACGUUCCGGGUGAUGGAAAUUGUCUCUAUCACUCUGUUCUUCUCCUCAUGAAUAAUUCUGUUAUGACGACAAGCGAAUUAAGGGUUCGGACGAUAGUCGAACUGAUAACGAAUGAAGCGUAUUAUUCGAAUAUGUUGGCUAGUGUCGUCCGACCCUUCGAUAUAGCUAUUAAAGAUGUGUGUAGAAACAACACAUAUUCGGAGUUAUACGAAAUUGUUGCUCUUUGUACCGUGGUGGGCUGUAACAUACGAAGUGUUUAUCCCGAAAUAGAUUUUAGGGCAGAUAUGGUCAUUAUGAAUAAUGUGUUUACGCCUAUUCCACCAAUUACUACGAAUUAUGAAAUAAAAAUUUUGUGGUCAAGCAUGUGGAGUGAAAUGAAUAUACGGGCCGUGAAUAAUAAUCACUGGAGCCCGAACCACUUUGUUCCUCUAAUGUCGCCAGGUAUACGGUAUGAAUCUGAUAGUACGAGUCGGAUUAAAUUAAUUAAUAACACGCCCGAAAAGAAAACGACGAAGAAUAAUAUCGAUACUCACGUACGAAUUCCGGAAUUUCAGUCUUCACCUAGUAGACGUUUACGUAGUGAAACUGAUACAACUAAUGGCCAUGUUCAAGUAAUUGAUGUUGACACAACGGGACAAAAUGAACGAGAAAGAGAAGAUCAACAUCAAAUGCGACUUGCCACUCUAAGAGACCGUGCUCAUCGACUCAGAAAGGAUCGAGCACGAGCCGAAAGUCGACGAGCUCGAGAAACACAAGAGGCACGUCAGAAUCGACUAGAGCAGAUGAAAGGACAUGCUCGAACUAGUCGAAUGAAUGAAUCAGAAGACGAUCGUCGGGAUCGACUAGAGCAGAUGAAAGGUCAUGCUCGAAAUGGUCGAAUGGAUGAAUCAGAGGAAGGAUAUCAGAUCCGGAUCGAUCAUCAAAGAAAACGAAGUCAAGUCAAUCGAAUCAACAAAAAAUUGGAAAAACAGGCAAUCAACAAUACUAUCCUUCAUCAACGAGAUAUCAAUGACCAAGUAUAUGAAAAAAGAGACUAUAUUCAUCGUGCUGAUAGUCCUAUAAACGACAUUAUACUAAACGAUAAUGCAACAAAUAGGAACAAAAGACAAGAUUUUUCAACUUGGCCAGCACCAAUCUCCGCUCAAUUGAAAGAAGAAUGCUUAAAGCAAUUCCUUCAACGAAUGUCUAUGGGUGAACUUGCUGAAGUUACUUGUGCAAUUUGUAAUGUCGGUAGUUCGAAACAGCAAUGCAAAAUAGUUCCAAUUUCAACAAUAUCUCAUAAGGAUUUGCUCAAAGUAUCUGAUGAAUUAAGAGAUCUAAUUACCAAUAUUCAGCUGUCAAUUCCGAAGCAUUCUGAUGGUAAUAUUUGA